AGUUCACCAAGGAGAGGUUGGCUGCCCUUGACGACACCUACAAACUGUAUCGCUGCCACACUAUCAUGAACUGCGCGAAAACAUGCCCAAAGAAUUUGAGCCCCGGAAUGCAGAUUGCGAAGAUCAAGAAGCUGCAGGUUACGCAUAGAUGAUGAAGUGUGGCGGGAGGAGGAGGGGUGUUUGGCAGGCAGGACGUUAUGUGCUUCUGCUGUUUGAUGAGGUAUGCAAGGAGGAGGGAGGGAUGUUUGGCAUGAGGUUGCGACUUCUACCAGCCUGGGGCUGUUUACGAGACGAGAGGUGACCAACACAAUGUGUGUUUGCGUACGCAAUGUGUGUGUGUGUUUGCGGGUGGAUGCUUCACUUCACUCCUCAUGCAGUUUGUGCAUUUUCCUCUCUGUUCGAUGCAAUUUGUGGAUGUUUCACUCAUUGGGCAGGUAAUAGUGCUGUGUCUGGUAGUGCCUGUACUGGCUUGUAGUAGUGCGCACAGUGCCCAAUUAGUUGGUGUUAAUAGUGAUGUGGGUCUAGUACUGUCUGUAGUAAUGUGCAUGAUAAAGAAGUGCUACUUGUAGAUUCACUUGACGAUGAUGGGAUCCAGAUCCAGAUUCAUCGAGAGAAAACAGAGGCCUGAUGCAGACCUCCUCGUGGUAGGUAGGAGGGGUAGAUGAAUGCUAUAGUCCAGAAAUGGUGUGGAUCAUCCAGCAGAAGAGGGGAACAAAAUUGAAAGUAUCUCUGUGUAACAAAUUCACUGAAAACUUGUUAUAAGUAGUUAGGGUGGUUGUAAGUAGUUAGGGUGGUUAUAAUUAGUUAGGGUUUUUAUAUAUGUAUAAUGCCUUUAGUCGUAUGAUUCGAGUUAUGUGUAAUCAGAGCUCUCUCUCUCUCAUCAUUGUGAGUGAUUAUGGUUAUCAAUCUAUGAAGCUGUGCCGACAAGUCAUACCUCAUGGCAGGUGUGAGAGUGUGCGAGCGAGCAAGAGAGAGAGAGAGAGAGAGAGAGAGAGAGAGAGAGAGAGAGAGAGAGAGAGAGAGAGAGAGAGUCUUGCAGUUUCUUAAUUCACAUCCUUUUGGGUUGUUCGCUGCAGUCUGCUACAUUGUUUGCAGCUGGCUCCUUGUGCGAGAGGAUGAGGAACAUUUCUCGUUCCUGUCCUCGUUGGGUUUGCAAGAUCGAAGAUAAUAAGCAUAAGCCCCUUCGUUGUCACGAGCGGUCAGAUAUUAACAAGGUGUGGAACAAUGGGGAGGCAAAUGAAAGGAACCUACGUUUUCCUGCUGUGGUGCAGCGAGGAGCAGUUGGUAUGAUACAGGAGUUUAUUUACUACUGAAACUCGUUCUCGGCGAUGUCAGCAGCCAGAACUACUUCAUAAGACGAGUUGUUUUUCUCAGCUGCAGUUUUUUCCCAUGAAUUUAUUCUACUUCGUUGAAAACUUUGUGGGGGAAGGCCGUCCCGCAUUCUCUUUGUGGAUGGAAAUCGGUCCGAUGUUCGUUGGAGAACAGCUACUUCAGGUGUAACUGUGUGGCCAGGUGCUGCGUAGACUCAGAUCCCUUCGUGAAGAUAGAUCCCAUGAUCCAUCUUCCCUAUGUGGGGACAAGGGUGUAAUUUGUGGCGCUCUGUGGGAGCAAGGGUGUAAUUUGUUGCUGUUUCGAUGACUCCAUGAUCAGCCAAUCGGCCGGAGAAAGCUCUGCUGAGCUGUGGGGUUUGCAGCACAUGCUAUGACGGGGGUUCUUUUGCAUGUUUGCUGCUUGCCCCAUUCCUGCACUUUGAGGCUUGUACUUUGUCCCCGUGACGCCGAGGUCUCAUGCGCACUCAGGUCGGCACGGUCUGCUGUUCCUCAGAUUUCCUUCAAGGUUCACAUCCUGCUCUUGGUGUGACCAUACAACACCUGCGAUUUUCUGGUGUGGCCUGCCCGUCAGCAGUUGCGUACGUGUUGUGCGUGUGGUGGUCUUCAAAGAGGUUCUGUCUUAGCAGUCAACUGAGGCGCUCUUUUUUGGGUACGUACCAUCUCGCCAUUCAGCAAGCAGUUAGUGGAUGUUUUGCCUUCGGCGGUCCUCUUCGAAUCCUAUACAUGCUGUGCUUGGUGGUAGCAGAGACGGAGCAAGACGGAGGUAAGACGGAGUAAGACGGAGCGAGACGGAGCCUCUGUGGUUUUGGAAGAGACACUGCCUGUGGUUCUCGCGACGAUGGGCCUUGUGGUCUUUACAAGGGAAGAGAUGUGACCUGAUGUCUCCUGGUCUGGCCUGUCACCGCUUGUCACAGCAAUGCCGGGUAUUGUUUCCCGUUGAGAGACGAUAUGCGAGUGCGCGUCUCUCAGGGCAGAGACGGACUUGUGUACUGUACAUGAAAAAUCAUCAUGUCAAUGUGAUCGUUGACUGAAGGAAGAGCAGUUUAUGGCGAGUAUCUGCUGAGCGAAAGAGAGGCGAAAGAGGGGUGUUUGGUGUUCUGUUUUCGUCAAUAUUUCUGCUGAGCGAGAGAGGGGUGUGUCGGUAACUUCCAGCCCCUUUCUUGAGGGUGUGUAGGAGAGAAGUGUUCUUUCAUUUGUGUACACAUGGAUGGCUGAAAGGUGCGGAGAACUACAGAGUUCGUGGUAGCUGAGAAUCUGAAGUCUAUUCCUCCUUGCCGAGCGAGACACACACUCGCGUGCAUCUCUCUACCCUGCUGCCUCCCUGCUAAGGAUAUAAGAAUAACAGUGCAGUGUCCAGGUUCUAUGUGGGCAAUAACCCCCCAGUACCUACCGCAUUUUCUGUACCCCUCGGCCUAGAAUGAAUUUGGACCGGAGGGGCACACCGAUUCGGCUUCCACGUUAACGGCCGCCCCAACCGGUAGGUACUGGUGGUUUAACCAGGCAUGGUGGUCAACCUGAUGCUACCGUCUUCACCCGAACAGAUCGCAUGGUCAUUAAAGCUGUAUCUGGUCUGAAAAUUGCACCGAAAAUGGCUAUAAUAAUAAUGCUCGGUCGUUGUAACUGCAUUUUCUGGACUGAAAAUUGCACCAAAUACGGCUAUAAUGACCGGGUGUUCUAUUCGGGUGAAGACGGCGGUAGGUCCCUGUCCCACAUUGUGGGAAACCGGUUGCCCAAGCACCACGUCUGCCGAAAGCCCAAUUCGUUCUGCUUCGACUGAAAGGCAAAAGGCUUUGCCUUUCCCACCACCAUUAUCGGCCAGUCGGCCGCAAUAAUUUGUCAGACUCAGACCCCCCAAUCCCCCCUGACGAAUAUUUGAGACCACGGUAGGUCCCAGUCCCACAUUGGCAAACCGGUCAGAGUGUUGCGCAUGUCUGUUCUCAAAUAUGCAUCGAUUCGCUCUUGUUUUCAAAUCAC